AGCGUCACGUGCGCCGGUCCUUUUCCCCGGAUCUUGUCAGAGCGGGUCUGCAGCCGGGCGGCGCAGGUGGACAUGUUGAACCGAUUUUUCUGAAUUUUAUACUUGUUUGAAGCUGAAUAAUAUCCCACAAGCGAUCGUGAACCAUGCCGGCAUACUUCCAGCGUCCCGAGAACGCCCUGAAAAGGGCGAACGAGUUUCUUGAGGUUGACAAAAAGCAGCCAGCCCUCGACGUUCUUUAUGACGUGAUCAAGAGCAAAAAGCAUCGAACAUGGCAGAAGAUCCACGAGCCGAUCAUGCUCAAGUACCUGGAGCUCUGUGUGGACCUCCGCAAGAGCCACCUGGCCAAGGAAGGCUUGUACCAGUACAAGAACAUCUGCCAGCAAGUGAACAUCAAGUCCUUGGAGGAUGUUGUCAGGGCUUAUCUUAAGCUGGCUGAAGAGAAGACUGAGACUGCAAAGGGGGAGUCCCAGCAGAUGGUGCUUGACAUUGAGGAUCUGGAUAACAUUCAGACACCAGAGAGUGUGCUGCUGAGCGCUGUCAGUGGGGAGGAUACCCAGGACCGAACAGACCGCCUGCUGCUGACUCCCUGGGUCAAAUUCCUGUGGGAAUCGUACAGACAGUGCUUGGACCUGCUCAGGAACAACUCCAAGGUGGAGCGCCUCUACCAUGACAUUGCUCAGCAAGCCUUCAAGUUCUGCCUGCAGUACACCCGUAAAGCAGAGUUCCGCAAGCUGUGUGAUAACUUGAGGAUGCACCUGGGGCAGAUCCAGCGCCACCACAACCAGAGCACAGCCAUCAACCUGAACAACCCUGAGAGCCAGUCCAUGCACCUGGAGACCAGGCUGGUCCAGCUGGACAGUGCCAUCAGCAUGGAGCUCUGGCAGGAAGCCUUCAAGGCAGUAGAGGAUAUCCAUGGCCUGUUUGCUCUGUCCAAGAAGCCACCCAAACCCCAGUUAAUGGCAAACUACUACAACAAAGUGUCUACUGUUUUCUGGAAGUCUGGCAAUGCUCUCUUCCAUGCAUCAACCCUGCACCGGCUCUACCACCUCUCCAGAGAAAUGAGAAAGAACCUCACCCAGGAGGAGAUGCAGAGGAUGUCUACCCGUGUGCUGCUGGCAACCUUGUCCAUUCCUAUCACCCCUGAACGUACUGACAUUGCCCGUCUUUUGGAUAUGGACGGCAUCAUUGUAGAGAAACAUCGACGCUUGGCAACGCUUUUGGGUCUGCAGUCCCCACCUACCCGUCAAAGCCUGAUUAACGACAUGGUGAGAUACAAUCUGCUGCAGUAUGUUAUUCCAGAUGUGAAGGAGCUGUAUAAUUGGUUGGAGGUGGAAUUUCACCCACUGAAACUGUGUGACAGAGUAACUAAGGUUUUAAACUGGGUGAGAGACCAGGCUGAGAAGGAUUCUGACCUCCAGCAUUACGUGCCCCAUCUGCAGGGCAACACUAUUCUAAGACUGCUCCAGCAGGUGGCUCAGAUCUACCAGAGCAUUGAGUUCAGCCGUCUGGCCUCCCUUGUCCCCUUCGUUGAUGCCUUCCAGCUGGAGCGCUCGAUCGUCGAUGCUGCCAGACACUGUGACUUGCAGGUGCGUAUCGAUCAUACCUCCCACACGCUGAGCUUUGGCUCAGACUUGAACUACUCUGCUAAAGAGGACUCCCCGGUGGGCCCCUUCCUGCAGAACAUGCCCUCUGAACAGAUCAGGAACCAGCUCACCGCCAUGUCUUCUGCCCUGGCCAAGGCUAUUGAUGUGAUCAAACCUGCAGCCAUACUGCAAGAACGUGAGGACCAGAAGCAACUGGCCAUUGCCGCCUACUUGAAGAACUCUCGGAAGGAGCACCAGCGUGUCCUGGCCCGUCGGCAGACCAUCGAGGAGCGCAAGGAGCGCCUGGAGAACCUCAACAUCCAGCGCGAGAAGGAGGAGUUGGAGCAGCGCGAGGCGGAGCUGCAGAAGGUGCGCAAGGCAGAGGAGGAGCGCCUGCGUCUGGAAGCCAAGGAGCGCGAGAAGGAGCGCAUCAUGCAGGAGCAUGAGCAGAUCAAGAAGAAGACUGUGCGCGAGCGACUCGAGCAGAUCAAGAAGACAGAGCUGGGAGCCAAGGCCUUCAAAGACAUUGACAUCGAGGAUCUUGAAGAACUGGAUCCAGAUUUCAUCAUGGCAAAACAGGUACAACAGCUGGAGAAAGAAAAGAAAGAACUUCAAGAACGCUUGAAGAACCAGGAAAAGAAGAUUGACUACUUUGAGAGAGCCAAACGCCUGGAAGAAAUCCCUCUGAUUAAGAAAGCUUAUGAAGAACAGCGAGUGCAAGACAUGGAGCUGUGGGAGCUACAGGAGGAGGAGAGGAUAAGCAACAUGCAAGUGGAGCGUGAGAAGGCUCUGGAGCACAAGCAGAGAUUGUCGAGAAUGAUGCAAGACAAAGACAACUUUGUCUCCAAGAUCACGGCUGCACGCCAGUCUGUCUAUGAGGAAAAGCUGAAGCAGUUCCAAGAGCGUUUCGUUGAAGAGAGGAAACAGCGUUUGGAGGAUCGCAAGAAACAGCGAAAAGAAGACCGGCGCAACAUGUACUACCGGGACAAAGAGGAGGAGGAACAGCGGCUGCAUGAAGAGCAACUUAAGAGAGAGCGUGAAGAGAGGGAGCGUGUUGAGCUGGAGCAGCGUGAGGAGGAGGAGCGAGAGUACCAGGAGAAGCUGCGCAAGCUGGAGGAGCAGGAGAGGAAGCAGCGAGCGCGGCAGCUCGAGAUUGAGGAGAGAGAGCGCCGCAGAGAGGAGGAGAAGAGGGUGCCAGAGGACAAGCCGCUUUCAAGGGAUUCAAAUCCACGCUGGGCUGACAAAGAAGAGGGAGGUGGUGGCGGAGGCGGUGGCUGGAGAAAGCGCACUGAUGGCGGAGAGUCUGAGUGGAGACGUCCUGGGACCGGCACUGACAAUAGGGAAGAAGGCCGGGAAGAUGAGAAACCUGCAUUCCGUCGAGACGAUGACCGUGAGCCUCCCUUCCGACGGGGUGGAGAUGAUAGGGGCCCCAGGAGAGGGUUUGAGGACGAGCGGGGUCCUCGGCGGGGCUUUGAUGAGGACAGGGCUCCCAGGAGGGCGCUAGAUGAUGACCGGGGCCCCAGGAGAGGGUUUGACGAGGACAGGGCUCCUAGGAGAGGGGCUGAUGAGGAUAGGGGACCAAGGAAAGGGGCGGAUGAAGACUGGGGUCCUAGAAGAGGAGGAGAUGAUGACAGGGGCCCAAGAAGAGGUGGAAGGGGCAUGGACGACGACCAAGGACCUCGCCAUGGAGACGAUUCCAAACCUUGGAAACCGCUGGGCAAAACAGUAACUUCCAAAUGGAGUGAGGAAAGCCCGAGUGAACCAGUCGUAAAACUUGGUGGCUGGAGAGAGAGGGAGAAAGCUCGUGAAGAGAGCUGGGCUCCCCCCCGUGAUAUGGGGGGCUCUGAAGAGAGUGACGAGCGGGAGCCUGACCGAGAGCGCCGUCCUCCAAGGGAGGAGGGCAGCAGUGCCUGGAGGAGGGGAGGCACUGAAGAGUCGAGUGGCUGGAGGGACUCCCCCCGCAGUGACGCUUGGGAAGACAGGCGCAGCAACAGGCGUGAUGACCACCGUGACGUGAGAGACAAGCCUGAUGAGCGAGACCGCAGGGGCCCACCCAGAGCAGAGCGUGGCGAAGUACCAUCGAAAUGGAAAGCAGACGAGACCAGUGAAAACAACGAAAGACCUGCGAGCAGCUGGAGGCGCGGUGGCGAGGAGCGCAAGGAGGAGAGAGACACCCCUCGCCGAGGAGCCCCUCCUUCCAGGGAGAAGGAGCGAGAGAGACCCGCUGGGGAGGGCAGCGUCUGGAGGGCUGAGAAGGAGCGAGAGAGACCCGCUGGGGAGGGCAAUGCCUGGAGGGCUCAGAAGGAGCGAGAGAGACCUGCUGAGAAGGAGCGAGAGAGACCUGCUGGGGAGGACAGCGCCUGGAGGGCUGACAAAGACAAAGAAGCUUCACGGCGCGCCAAAAUGGAAACCGAUGAUGACGGCUGGACCACUGUCCGUCGUUAAUACAAUCUUGUCCUUUGCUGCAUCUUUUUAGUGUUGGAGUGGGCAUUCUGAAAAAUAAAAACCUGUGCCACAAAGCAUCUUAGAUCUUAAAGAACGGUGGUUUGCUAUGCUAACAUUUAAAGCAAAGUAAUUUCUGAUAAUUGAUCGUGCACGGUUUUUAUGCAGCAAGUAAUGUGAAAAUAUACUGAUGCAGAAUGACCUGUUGCGUUGUGUAGGCUGUUGCCUUUAUUGAAUCACAUUUCACAUAUCUUACUAAAUGUGUAUCUUACAAAAGCAGCUUAAUAAAACUUUGUUUGGACAUUUAAUAAUUAAAAGACUUCCAAUGAUUGAGUGUACAAGGUUAUGUUUUUUUUUGUGAAUUUUUUGUGUUAAACUGCAAAGGUGUGGUGCAUAACAUAAACAGUCUGCCUAAUUAUUUAAAUGUUCUAUAUUAAGUUGUUACAGCAGAAUUGGACAUAAUCUUUCUAAAUUCAAGGUGGUACAAAAUGUUGAUUAGUAGUCGUCAGACAUAUGAAGCAUACUGAUAAUCCUGGUAAUUUUACUUGUUGCUGAUUUUACAUUUAACAUCUGAAUUUACAGAGUUGAUUUUCAUGACACAUGAGGUUUAUAAUACAUCAGCAUGAAUAUUUAAAUUGGAUCCUUGCUAUGCCAAUAUUUUCUAUUGCCCAUGGUGAAAUUGUUCCAUUUAAAUAUUAUGUACUUUAAAAUCAAAUCAAACAUUUGUGGUUUUUGAAAGCUGUAGUAUAAGACCUGAUCUGGCAGUUUUGGAUCUUUGUCUUGAGUAAUGCUUAACUUUCAUAAAUAUGUAGUAAUAAUGCUGUUGGCUUUAAAAAAUGUAAAUGAAUAAACAAACAUGACUCGGUUGCAUGCUUCUGGUCCUGUUUAAACCAACGCAGUGUAUUCUUUUGUUUCUAAUAAAUCAAUUACACAUU